AUGUCGACACAUAUCCCGCUUCGCACAGCUCGAAUACCAGCGCUACAGCGGCAAUGCCUCUUCCUGCGCCACCAAUACCAAAACCGAGCACACAACCUUUCCCGGUGCCAAACCGUCAUACCGACCACCCGCGCAUUCUCGAGCACCCCGUCGCGCCCCUCGAAACGCAAGCAACUCGGUCAAGAUCCGGUACAAACCAGGGCUGCGGCUGAGGCACAGAUUGCACCGUCACCAAAGGUCAACUAUGAGAAGGCGCAGACUAGUGCGGAUGCCAUGACUGAAGACAUUGGAUUGCUGCAAAAUACCAUCAUCAGAGCGCCGUUUAGCGAGUUGAAGGGCAUUGGUUUUCGGGGGAUAACAAGUUAUUACUGGGAUCUGGUGAAGAGCAAAGGGACGGCGCUGUAUUCACGAUACUACUACCGCGCAUGCAUCCAAAAAACCGGCUGGACAAGAUUCUUCCCCAUCGAUCUCUUCAACAAUAAAGAAUACAUCCGGUUCGCACAAAAAAACUACGAGCAAAUCUACUCAAACCUUGCAAAAGGCACCAUCGCCCCCCUAAAACAAACCUGCCUCCCUCCGCUACUCAAAUCUCUCGAAUCCCGCAUCCUAUCCCGCGGCCCCGUGCAAUUGCAAUGGCGGCUCCACGGCCCAUUUAAAUCAAGCCGCGUAGUAUCGCACCGCGCCGCGCCCCUGGGCGAGUCUAUGCCCGACACCGCCUACAGACAAGUCGUCGUACGCCUCGUGUCUGAGCAAUCGCUCCGCGCGCUUCCUGCUUCCUCUUCGUCUGCGGCGACCCCAAACCGUGCAAUUCACCGCUUACCUUGGAUCCCGGAUGCAGCGCGCCGGCAGCUGGAGAAGCAGCGGCAGCGCGAGCAGAAGUUGGAGGAUGAGAAUGGCGGUGCGCAGGUUGCCGUGCAAGACGCUGUUGAAGAAGAGAAUGUGGUGCCGAAGACGGUGACAGAGUACCUGGUGUUGCAGAAGAGGGUUAUCAAGGGCAAGGAGGAGGACUGGAAGGUGUGGGGUUUUGCAGAGGAGAGCACGCCGAGUGUGAUUGAGAGGGAUCAGGAGUACUGGCGCAAGAUGCUCGAUGUGCAGGCGGGCGGUGCGUAG